GGCGGCGCAGGAGGGGGCGGGUUCGGCGAGGGCGCGGCCUCUGUGAGGGGGGCACACGACGCGCAUCCCCCGCGCUCGCCCGGGCCACUCGGGAGCCUCGCGGCAGCCCUGUGCCCCACUUGGCAAUCCGCUCCGUGCUUCUUCCUCGCGCCCGCCUCCUCUUGUCACCUCCCGUCUCAGCCUCCUCGCUCCAUCCCGGCCGCAUCCACCGCCAUCCGAGUGCCUCCAAGAGCGAGAGGUGGUGCGCGGGACCGCAGGGCGCGCCCUCCAACGGACCCCGGCUCGGCAUUGGGGGGCACGGGCGGCAGCAUGGACACCAAGCGCUGCUUCGCCAACCGCUUCGAUGACUACCAGGGCAGCCUGCUGGCGGGCCAGUGCGAAGAGGCGGUGGCGCCCUUGGUCACCGCCACCAUCGAGCGCAUCCUCCAGGAGCUGCCCCCGCUCGGGGGCGGCGCUGAGGCCCGGGGGACGGCGGCCGCGGCCAGCAGCUGCCAGGGGGGUCUAUACGGCGGCGUGGCCGGGGUGGCCUACAUGCUCUACCACGUCUCGCAGAGCCCGCUCUUCGCCGGGGCCCGGGAGCGCUACCUGCGUUCGGCCAAGCGCCUCAUCGACGCGUGCGCCCGCGCGGAGGAGUGGGGCGAGCCGGACGCCGACACCCGCGCCGCCUUCCUGCUCGGGGGCGCCGGCGUGUACGCCGUGGCUACUCUUGUGUACCACGCCCUGGGCCGGUCCGACUACGUGCAGCCGCUGGCCAAGUUCCGGGCUCUGUGCGCCGUCUGCGCGCCCGUCUCCUUCCUGGAGUGCGGCUCCGACGAGCUCUUCGUGGGCCGCGCGGGCUACCUGUGCGCCGCGCUCGUGCUCAAGCAGAAACUCGCCCAGGAGGUGCUGACCCCGGCACAGAUCAAAUCAAUUUGCCAGGCGAUUCUGGACUCUGGGAAGCAGUAUGCAAUGAAAAAGCGGAAACCAUUCCCUCUGAUGUAUUCUUACUAUGGAACCGAAUACUUGGGAGCAGCUCAUGGCCUGUCGUCCAUUCUCCAGAUGCUUCUUUCAUACCAUGAGCACCUCAAGCCCUCAGAUCAGGAGCUGGUGUGGCAGAGCGUGGACUUCCUCAUGGAGCAAGAACAGAACUGCAACUGGCCGCCUGAGCUGGGCGAGGCCAUCGAGAGAGAGAACGAGCUGGUGCACUGGUGCCACGGCGCCCCAGGAAUUGCCUAUCUGUUCGCCAAAGCUUAUCUGGUUUCCAAGAAGCCACAGUACCUGGACACAUGUAUCCGCUGUGGGGAACUCACAUGGCAGAAGGGCCUGCUGAAGAAGGGGCCAGGGAUUUGCCACGGGGUGGCUGGCAGUGCCUAUGUCUUUCUGCUGCUCUACCGACUCACGGGGAACUCUAAGUACAUCUAUCGAGCCCAAAGGUUUGCUGAAUUUUUAUUUACCGAGGAAUUCAAGGCUGGUUCCCGGGUCCUUGAAAGUAUAUACAGCUUGUAUGAAGGCUUCUCCGGGACGGUGUGCUUUCUGAUCGAUCUGCUGCAGCCCAACCAGGCUGAGUUCCCUCUCUUCAGCGUCUUUGUUUAGAAAGCUCCGUGUCCCACUGUGGCCCUGCAGAAGGUCCCUGAGAUUUCCUGAGCCUACUACCCGAGGCCCUUCCCACACAAGCCACAUUCAAUGGUAUCACAACCCUGAGCCUUAACAUUGCCGCCGAGAGAAGGAAGGAAGGACUGAAGGAAGGUAGGAAGGGAGCAGGCAGGUGAAGGCAAUAAUAGUACAAGAUUUAAGGGAAAACAGUGUGAGAACCUGCGAGCCUAAGACACCCAACUCUUCUAAAACCCAUAGAGAUGGACUAUGUCAGGGAAUAGAUGUGAGACCAGAGAUCCGAGGAAAAGGGGAAAGAAAUCAUCUGUCUUUCAGUUACGGCCUAGAAAGCAAAACUGAAAUGGGGACUAUGGCAAUGAGAUGCCAAAAUACCUUUACAAUUGGAGAGAGAAUCUGACCAUUUCUGGGUGCCCUCCACCCCUAAAUUCAAAAAUAAAGACAAUCAAAAAACUCAAGUAAUUGCCCAGCAGAAAACGGCUAGGAGGGGUAAGUGUCCGGUUGCUGAAGGACAAAAGAGGGAAACUCUUGGUUGUCCUUUGCCUUUACUUAUUGAAAUUCAUGAUUUGUAGUGAAUGGAGAAGUUGGCAUGUGAAUCUUUAUUUUUAAUCAUUCCCCUGGGCAUUUUAAGAAAUCAUGUCAUAACUUAGGUUUAGACCCUCAAAUUCAAAGUUUCCUUAGGCCUUAGAGCAUCUCUUUUCCUGGUUCCUUUUUUUCCUAAAGCUCAAUUAGAGUAGAAAAAUUUGUAGGCUCGCAAAUACGAUAGCAAGUGUUGCUGCCAAGUGUUUUUCUCAAUUUGAAGCGCAAGCUGUGUAUUGUCUAUUGUUAGUAAUUUUUUAAAUGCCUGUGUAAUCCCAAUGAAGCUAUUAGCUGAAUUGUAAAAUAUACUCGUGGUAAAAAUCACUCAUCUCAAAGAUCAGGGUAACCACUACAACAGUGUGUCGUGUCUGCCUUUGAUGGAAUACCGUGUUCCACACACUGGCCUGGAAAGGGACCAGUGAUUGUGGAAAGAACACUGCUCAGUUUUACACUAUUCAAUUAAGAGAUAUGUGAACUCCCUGGCUGGUCACCUUACCUUCCAAGACACAGGCUCCACUAGAAUUUGUCUACAAUACCCACUGAGCCAAGUUGUCACAUUGAAUUCAACCCUGCUGUCAACACAUAGGAGUUAUAAAACAACUUCAAGUAAACAGUGGUUUGCAGAGCACUGUGGGAGCAUCUGCCACUUCAAUACUCAGAACACGAGUCUCCCCUUUUCCUAGAAUUUGGUCGCUGGCAACUUCAUAUAUCGGAGUGAGGAGGAAAUUGCAUACUGUAUAAGAUUUAACAAUUAUUUAAAUAGUCAUUAAAUAUUUGGAUAUACAUGAUAGAUGUAGAAUAUAUACGUAUAACUAAGUGCUUAGGUUUACAUGGGGGUAUAAAUAUAUAUGUAUAUAUUCUGCAUUUAUCCCCAUGUAAACCUAAGGAGUUACUUAGUUCAGUAGUUCCUAACUUCUUGAUUCAUAGAUGAACUUUGGGAAGAGUUGGGGAAUACUCUUGCCUAAAAAUGUGUGUGUGUGUAUGCGCAUGCACUCUUUUUAAUGGGAAGACAAUCUCUAUCAUUCAUUAAGAUUCUCAAAGUAUCUGUGGCUAAAGAAAGGUAAGAACUGUCUUUGUAUAUUUUAUGACUCUGUUUAUGUUUGCACACAUCAGAACAAACUAGGGCAAAAUGGUUUUGAAAAGCUUGUACCUUUUUAGCUCAUUGUUUCAUUUUCACAUCCUCAGAUACAAAUAUGUAAAGUUGGCCUCGGUUGUUCAUCUUUGAACAUACUCAGGUUGAAUCAAUACCACGUAUAUAAACAGCUUUCAGGUGACUCCCAAAGUUGGGUUCCAGAAGUUCUUUUGUGAAUGGUCAAGGACCUCUCAGAAAGCCUUAAGACAAAAUGCCUUCUACAAAGUUGUCUCCUUUUGAAAUGAUAGUGGGACCUGGUUUUCACCAUCUGGUUUUAAAUUCAUGGCACCUGUCCCCUGUAGGGCUGAGGGUAAUAAGCAUUCAAUGUAUCGGGCUUUAUAGAAGGCAUGUUUUUUUUAAUCAUCCAGCAGCCCUUCGAGGUGAUUUACAUAAUUGAGCCAAAGUCUCACAGUUGGGAAGGGGCAGAAUGAGGAGUCAAACCCAAGGUUUCACUUCCCAAGUGUAUUCAUUCAGUAUUCUAGGCUAGAACCUGAGGAUCCAGCAGUGAACAAAAUCGCCUCCAGAAGUUAGCUUCUGUUUCUGUUUGCUGACCCUUCCAGCCAUUCAUCCUGAAGACCUAAAACCUAAAGCACUAAGAAGUGAUAAUGUAGCUCAACAUACCAGUUUCAUUUCUAGGAACUUCAGAAAAACUGAAUUAAUUGCUGCUCGCCCACCCUUUUAAGGUCCAGUAGGCUAACUGUGAUGUUGUUGUGCUGACUAUUGUGAAAAGGCAACCAUUUUGUGUGUUACAGCCAAGAAAAGGCCAUGUUGGUGUCUUUUUGAAUUGACACCGCGGUAAAUUAGAAGCAAGGGUAAGCUUGUCUCGCACUUAAACAUGUUGAGAGUUUUCAUUUUUGUGAAAGAGUGGAAUUAAAGGUUUGGGAAGGCUCUCGUCUAUCUUGUUUUCCCAAGAAAAAGGAAAGAGACCUUUUUAGUGUUGUUGUAGAAAAGUGUGGCAUGUCACUUCUUAAGUUACGAACUUGUUCCCUUCUGUGUAGUAACAUUCUUUUUUGAAUAGUGCUGAAGUGUGUUGCCUUUUGAAGGCUAUGAGGAUAUUUUCACCAUCACUAGUUUAACUUUAAUAUUAUUUACUUUAUGUGACACGAAAAUUAUAAACCCUGAGGUGACAGUGGAAAUAUUUGAGGAUAGAUUGAAAUAAUCUCUCAACAAUGGGGAAGACUGCCUUAUACUUGGAGAACAGGGAGUUUUGGAAAAUAUUACAACCCUGUGUAUUUUGUUUCAUUAACACAAUUAUGCACCUUCCCUUUCACCCCUCCCCCCAAAAAACUGUUAUCUAUCUUUAUUUUGUCCAAUCCCAUUUCAGUCAUCAGAUUUUUCUUUCUUUCUUUCUUUCUUUUUUUUUUUUUCAUUUGUAACCUGGUAACUGAGAACAGAGGUUUGACACCAUAUGUUCCCCUGUGCUUCUUCAGGUAAUUGACUCCCCUGUGACAAUAACAGUACUCACUUUCUGAUAACUUGAGAAACAGAGUCAUUUUCUUGGUCUGUGCUAAAUUGAAACUCUUCCAUGGCAAUUUGUAUCUUUAACUUUCUGUGACACACUUGAGAUAUUAAUCAAGGUAGUGCUCAAAGUGCUUCAAUGUCUGUAAUGAGCACAUCUCACUAAUUUCAACGCAACACAUGCAAGUUUGUGAUUUAUACCCAUGUUAAGGGAAAACAUGAUUAAAAGAAAAAACAGUACUGCAAAGAGCCCUGUUUUGGAAAUCUCAAAUCCUUGCUCAGCAACUUCCGUGAGCCAUUAUCAUCAUCAUCGUUGUCGUCACCAUCACCCUCUCCAUGUCUCGGGGUGGUCAAUGAUAAAAUGGAUAUAAGAGUUUUAUAAUAUGUAGGUCCUUUAUGUGUUUAAAGGGGAAGCUAUAUUUUAAUUUCUACCACAUGCAUAGAAAAUCAUGCUCAACUAUGACUUGAAAUUAGCAUUUCAGCCAAAUGAAAUCUCCAUGUGUGGAUGCACUGCCCGGGGUCUGACUCAUUUGAUGGGUGAAAACAAAAGUAUGUGUUUUAUAUUCUAGAACCAAUCCUGGCUGUAGCAGUUGUGCCUCAGAAAGUUCUGAUUCACUGGGGCUGAGUCCAUAGGAAUAGGCUGGUUUACUCGGGAGCUCCUUUCAAUGCAAAUAUUUAUUUUGCUUGCUGGAAACAAAGGAUUGCAGUACCAGUCACUAAAGAAAAGCAGCUAGCUACAGGCUAGGCCUGCAGAGCAAAAAAAAAAAAAAAAAAAAAAAAAACCAAAAAACAAACAAACAAAAAACUGGGAAAUAAAGUCAUUUGGGGUUGAGUUUGGUGUGCACUUUAAUUAGGGCCUCAGAACUGCAUGCGUUGUAGUGAUAGAAAUAUACUGUCAAUGGCAUAUAAGGCCUCCCUUUGGGGACCUGGGUUAUUUAUUCAACACUGUCCCAAAUUAAUAGCGAAAUGACUAAGCCUUAUAUUCGCCAAGGCCGGGUGAUUCUGGCAUAAACUUGGCAAGGAAAGCAAAUAAGAAGGCAGGCCAAGGGGUGUGUGGGGGAAAGCUUACAGGAGCUCAGCACCCCCGUGUAAGUUGUGGAGGCACAUUUAAUGCCGCUAAAAGCCAGCCAUCUUACUCGUGGGUUUUAUUGCUUCCUGGGACCACUAAUCCCAAACCACCCCUGAUUCAGCAACUUCUUGGCCUCCUUCUCAUCUUUAAAUAGUACAUUCUGAUAUGGAUUUUUUUUUCCUGUCUGCUGAAUCAUGUGACCUCCUUUCGCUUGGGAGGGCAGGUUUUCUCCUUAUCUCUUCCAUCCAUGCCAGCUAAGAGCUCCAGGCUCAGGAAGGCUGGACUCCCCUCUGGACAGAAGGGCUGACCUCACAGUCAGCAGCAGCAGGAGUUGGGCCCUUUUUGCAGUCAGAUCACAGGUCCCAGACAGCCCACCCCGGCUAGGGGCAGCUCUUCAUGAGAGUGAAACAGCGGCCACGUUUAUCCGGCUUCUCCUCUGUAAAGAAACCGGUUAUUUUAUUGGUAGUUGUGAAAACAAAAACAAAGUUCAUGCUACAUUAAAUACCUGGGCAUAAAUCUCAUACUGGGGGUACCCCCUCUCUCCUUGUCUCUUUAACUGAAAGUGCUAAUGAAUGGAAGCCUGAAGGAUGAUGCCUUUGGGCUUGAAAAUAUAUUUGUUUUUAUUUUCUUAAAGCAUUGAACCUUGUCAUUUCCACCUGGACUUCUCCACAAACGGCAGAGUCCCUUAUCUGCAGAAUUUCCUGUUCCUUUUUGGCCUUUGUGUACCUGUUACCCCUCUGAACUGAAUUUGAAAAAAAUAUUUAAAAUCAAAACCAAAUCAUCGAUAUUUUUAUUCUUGGGGUUGGGGGUGGGGAGCAGCAAGGUUAAAGGAGCAGACAACCCUUUCUUUUCUUCCCUUUCUCCUCCAUGAAUAAUAGUCAGGAAAGAGAGGGAGGGUGGGAGAAAGGAUACAUGAGGCUUCACUGUUGGAGACUUGUGAAAACACAGUUUGCAAGAACUUCCUGUUUGUUUCCUGUUUGGUUUUUCUUAGUCCCUUGUGUGCGUCUGUGUACUUUUGUGUGUGUGUGUGUGAGAGAGAGACAGAGAAACUGCCUGACUUAUUAGAGUCAGCAUCACAUAUGAAAUAAAACCGAGCAGUUAGCUAUUAGAUAUAUCCGAGUGAACAGAUAUAUGCACGCGUAAACGGAUUGAGUGGGUCUUCGUUGUGUGUUAACUGCUCUCUAAUAAAUUAGCACAUAAUUAAUGAGGGCCCUAGUUACACUUCUAGUUGUCUAGCUUAAAGUAUCCAUUUUCAUUAAAACUUCUGCCAGGUUAAAGCCAAUAGUAGCUAUCUGGAAAAGUUAACAGAUGUGAGUUUCACAAAUAGAGCCGCAGUGUGCGCCACAUACGUAAUUUUUACAUUUUCCAGUAGUUGCAUUAAAAAAAAGUUAAAAAAAAAAGCGAAAUUCGUUUUAGUAACGUAGUUGAUUUAACUCAGUCUAUCCAAAAUAUUGUCAUAUCAAAAUGUAAUCAAUAUAAAAUUAUCAAUGAGAUAUUUUACAUUUUUUUGGUACUGACUCUUCAAAGUCUGGUGUGUACUUUACACUUACUGCACAUCUCCAGUCGGACUAGCCACAAUUUCAAGUGCUCGAGAGCCCCGUGUGGGUUGGCUACUGCACUGGACAGCAGGGCUGGCAUCUCACAGCUGUUUUCACAGUUUUGAUAAGGUCUCCCUACGGUUUCUGUAUGUUUUCGUUGUAACAGGAGAAAAUGGAAACCAAACACUGCAUGUCAUUUGAGGACUGCGGUGUUUCCCCAAACUCGGAACAGUGGGACCCAGAGCUGCCCUGUGGAAAAAUAGAUUCGGUGAUGAAAUGAGUUAGGAAAGUUCUAUUCUUUUACCCCUUUGGGAAAUUUACAUGGUGUACUAACAUAUCACAGAUUCUGAGAAAACUCUCCUGCAUAAAGGAAGCUGACUGAAGUUGCUGAGUUCUGUGUCUGGAAGGUUCAACCUCCUGAUUGCGGCUGUAACCCAGCUACCCCUCUAAAAACACGGUCAGGCUGGCAUGGUAUGCUUAUUUGAUUUUUUCUACACAGGUGUUUUAACACCCCUUCCCCCACCCCUCACCCCCAGGCCCAUUAAAGAUACCAGAACAAUGGUUGUGUCCCUGAGUAUUAAUCCCUACUAAUUAUCUUGUCAUCACAAAGACCUGAGGUCAUUCUUUACUCGACUUUUGGGGACAAGAAUUCUGGAAAUUGCCACAAGUGUCUCUACAUAAGAAAAACUGUGUGUCUUUCCCUCCUUCACUCUUUUUGGAGCCAAUCUCUACUUACUAAGAAUCACCCAAGAGCCAAGAUAUGUCUUCUCAUUCUAGAACCACCUACUAAAUUGAAACCAGCAGAUGGCUUUAAUAUCUUGCAUGGGGACACAGACCUUCAGAAACUACCCAAAUACACACCUUCCUCUCAUUCUUUGAGAAAUUAGGAGCACUCUAAAAGAUGAGGGGAGAAACACUGAAUGUGUAUAUGUAUAAACGGAAUACAGUUUCUUAAGUAGAGUAAUACCGUUCCCGCUAAUGCUUUUUAAAAAAUAGUUUGUACGUAGUGUUAAUUUACAUGCUUUAAUGUGCACUGUUCUUGUAAAGUAGCUGUGACCUAGCAAUCAGUUUAAAGAAGCUAUACACUAUAUUUGACAAGUGUCAGUCUUUAGCAAAUGAGCUUUUUGCCUUUGUUUUAGUGGAGCUUCUGAUGCUGCCCCGAUAAGUUUUGUUUUAUGAUCUGUGCUUAAGUGGCAAUUACCAAUUAAGUAACUUCUGUCGCCGAAUUUGGUCCAAGUUGACUAUAGUAACCCUUAUAUAUGGACGUAUUCAAAUAAGAAAAUUGAUUUAAAAGAUCAGUUUUGUCUCUGUUUUUUAGGACUUUAGUCUUUCAACAUUAGAGAUGUCUUCUGAAGACUAUAGCGGUAGUAGUAUCCCUUUGCUCUUGAAAAUGCCAAGUAUACCAUGAGUUUUAUAUAGACUUUCCAGAAGUAGGAGUGAAACAUUCUAAGUGCCGAAGUUUGGGUUUUAGAAUCCGUCUGAUUUGGAAGGGCAGUCCAUUCUCUAAAAAGGUAAGAGCCUUCCCAACUUUGAAUAUCUAGCAGAGCUCUGCUUGGAACAGAAGUCUGAAUUUUAACCUCGUGGAUUUCAUGGAGCUAAAUUAACACAAUGGGUUUUGUAGAAUCCAAUUAUUGGGGAAUCACUUCGCAAAGCCAUAUACUGGGGAAUAGUUAGGCACCACAUGUUAGUUUUGGAGUGUGCAUUUCCCAAGUGAAUAAAAUUUACUUCACCAAAAAGACUUUUUACACAAUUCACAAUACUUAAACAGAAAUAUGAUUGUAUCAUUGGAGGGAAAAAAAUUUCACCUUCCUAAUGAUACAUUUCACAUUCACUGGUAAACUAGUGCAAUUCCUUAAUUAUUUUGGGAGGAUACAAAAAUAAUCUGUAAAUAGAAUAUAGUUGCUUAUUCCUAACUAUCUAGGAAUGAAUACAUGCUAUUAUUUAAAGUACUGUUGGAUUUUAAAGAACUGCUUAAUAAAUUAGUAUUAUUAAUAAAAUUGUACUCUUUGCAAUACAUUAGCCUCAGCACAAAUGCAGUUAAAGACAAAAUUAUUUAAAGAUACACCAAAUAAUAGAGAUUAGUUAUUAUUACUUUAAAAUCUUAAUUUACAGUAGCAUUAAAUCCAACACCAGUUAUCUGCUGUAUAUAACUAAAAUUUUGAAAGUCUUGCACACAAAAUGAGAGGCUUCUUCAAAAAUGCCUUUUUGCCAAAAACAGGUUCUAUGACCUCUUGCUAAUUAUUAUAUUUCUUUAGGGGUACCUUCAGGCGCUUUGAAAGACAUACCUGUAGCAGCUAGGUCUAAAUUAAGAGCAGAACAUUCUGUCAGAUAUUUUACUAUUAUCAUAAAAUGUUGUAGUACUGUAUUUUAUAAUAAAACCAAAUUCUCAAGUAUCCUAGUAUAUUACAUAUUAUUAUACCCAAAAAAGCCACUUUCUAGGAGUGUAUUCUUGUGUACCUAAUUUUUUUUAAAAUAAUGGGUAUUUCAGUCCUAGCAAGAAAGUAUAAUGCAAUACGUGACAUUUAAUUGAUCUUUAGUCAAAAUCCAUUUAGGUAUUUGACAGGAAAAUUGGCAAUCAUAAGCUCUAAUGUAUAGAUUAUUUUCAAAGACAAAAUGGCAAACGAUAAGACAUAAAAGACACGGUCACUGGGACAAGUUAGCUAGUAUGCACACCGAGAAGGGUCAAUUUGCCAGUGCUCAUCAGAUUUUAGCUUUUGUUAUUGUUGUUCCUGGCGGGGGAAGUGCUACAGUCAGUUGGUGUGGCCUCCUCUUCAUGUGGGGGAUUUGCUCACAGCCAGUGCAUGGUAUAAUGAAAUCUCUUUGGAAGCAGGAUUGAGUCAGAAGCUGAGAGGUGCACCUUACUGUUUUUAAAACUGCUGUUAACAAUGUUCUAAACACUGUGAUCUUUCCAAAUGUGUUUUCUGUAUUAGUUUUGUACUGUAGACAAUAAUACGCCAUAAACUGGACUCUAUAGUGUUUAAAGCAAUGUUACUUAUUGGCUUAUCACCCCCCGCAUAUUUAUGUACAGUCUACUUAAUCAUAGAAAACCUGUGAUAAUCCUUUGCCUUAAAAUAAAAUCUAAUGCUAAAUACUGAGUGUGCUCUA